AUGGUAGGCUGCGAUGACGCUGCUACCUCGCUAACAGCAGCUUGUACCUAUCCUAACGCUGCUUCAGUUGGUGAAACAAGUUUGUCGUGCGCUCCUGGAGCUUUUGGGGCCUCUAUUCAGGCUAAUGGGAGAGGUCGAAGUCUCAGCUGUCGCCGGCCUGGUCCAGAUAUUCCCUUGGCUAAAUUCGCUGCUGCUGAUGCUGCAAUUCCAAGACGUAGUCACAGGAACUCACAACGCCACACUACGAAGACAGCUGUUGCUAAAGUACAUUUCUAUUGA